AUGACUGGCCUAUACAAGCAAACUGUCCCAAUCUUUAUUCACUACCUGAACAACCUCUCAAAUUUGCUCACGAAGGGCGCGGAAUUUGCAGAGCAGAAGGAAGGCAUGACAGAGGCGUCAAUGUUGUCAUUUCGGUUGAUUGAGGACAUGAGAGAACUCACAUUCCAAGUCCAAGGCUGCACCAGCAUAGCCAAAGCAACCCCCCAACGCCUUGACCCGCACGAAGUCCUUACCGUGGAAGAUGUAGAGACAGCCCUUGAAGAACUGCAAGAGCGCAUCAAGCGCACAAUUGAGAUCCUACAGACCGCCAAACCCGAGGCUAUGGAUGCAAUGGUAGAUAAAGAAAUAAUCAUGGAGACCUAG